UGCUGCUGUAUGCGUUGCGUCACACUUGCGUUGCGUGUUGCUGUAGGUUAGUGCUGUCGUUGUAAUUAUUAUUGAGCAGCUUUGUGAAAAUCUGACAUUUCGCCGGAAAACAAGUAGAGGAAGUGAGUCUGGACAGCGAGCGGCAGCGACCGUGUGCCAAACGAAAUGGGAAAAAAUGUGAAAACCCAAAAAUUUAGCAAAAGAAAAUUGUGGAAAAACUUUAGUGAAUGUGAUUUGCGUGCCUGCCUGGCUGCCUGCCUGUGUGUGUGUGUGUGUGUGCUGAUGACUUGGUUGCGGUUCGACCCAUUAACGUGUGCAGCCUACAUAUAUGCAGUGGCUGUGAAAGAACCAACAACACUAAAGUAUAGCAAAAAUAUAUCAACAAACAAAUAAUUGUAAGCGAUUUGGAACGGAAGUGUCAUUUGCAGCCAUUAGCAGCCACAAGGCGCUGCUCCAUCAUCGUCGAGUCACCCAAUCACACAAAUAGCAAACGCUGGUGCGGCCCAGAAACUAAAGUAAAGCGACUUUGGGCAGAGAGGCGAGGCGCUAAAGGCAAAAAAAAAAUACUUAGUAGCUUCAAUAAUUCAAUGAAAAUCAAAUUAAAGUUAAUUGGCAAAGUCACGAGAGCAACGCAUUUGCAAGCAAAUGUUAAAGGCAGCAGGCAAAACAUUAAGCAACAACAACAAAAAUAACAACAACAACUGUGUCAAGAAUGGCAGUGGCAAAAGCAAUUGUAGUUUGUAGCUCAGCAGCAAGCACAGCGUGUGAAAAUAUGUUGCUCACAAAGCAACAACAACGAACAAUAAAUAAUCACAACUGAAUGCCGCACCCAAAAAUUUUAACAAAUGCUACAAAAAAUUUAAAGAUAUGAUAAAUAACUAAGUUAAUAAAAUUGCACAAAAAUCAAAGAUAAGAAAAUCGGGCGGCAGUGAGUGAUAAAGGGAAUUGAAUAAAGUAGAUAAUUUUACAGCGAAAGUUGGCACAAAAUUUAAAAAAAAAAAAGUUAGAUAGAUUUCUUUAUUGAAUACUAAGAAAAAGCAUAGCAUAAAAGCAAAAACAACUACACACAUAUGCCAUUCGAGUUUAACUAAACUCGCGACUAAAACUCCAAGAUCAGCAGGCGUCAAGUCGAUUUAACACAACAGAAUAAAGAUUUAUCCGAAUACAAAGCAACGAAAAUACUUGUAAACAAAAUCAACAAAAAUAGCAUCGACUUCGGACAUACAUACAUACAUAUAUGUAUAUGUGCUUAAUCAUUUAUUAGUAGCGACUGCUUGAUUUGCGAAAUUAUUUCCAUAAAUAAUAAUUUCCCUUUGUUGAAAUUCACCGAAGUCAUAAAAUACAACUCGCUCAAGCGCAACACCUCCAGCCAAGACAAUGGGUAACACGCAAACGAACCACCACACCGCAGUCAACGAGCCACAAACGCCAACGAAUGGCGCUGGCGCUGGUGCAGGUGCCGGUGCUGGUGGGGGGGGUAGCGGUAGCGGCACAUUGAAAAGUCGGCGCGGCAGCCGAGUGAAAGUUUUUGCACGCUUCGGCCAAAGGAAACAAUCGCAGCUGCCAGCGUCCGCGACGAAGGAGGCCACCGCCACCACCACCGCCACUGUGGCCACACCUACAUCGACUUCCGCUUACGAUGACUCCAUCGAGGAGGAGGAGCUGAUGCUACGCCAAAGUCAUGCGGCUGUGAUAAGGCAAUUGGAAGAUGAACAAAUGGAUUUCCGAAAAAGUCAAAAACCACAAUCGGCAAAGAAAAAGCUAACAAAAUUCUUCAGCAGAAAAGUUGAUGAUGAGACAGAAGAUUACGCGACAACAGAAGGUAACAAAAAGAGCACAGCUGCCAGACAAAAGCGUCCCGCACCGCAGCCACCUGAAACAAAAGAAAGUGCGACUCGCUCACAAAAAGCGAUAACAACGCAAUGCGAACAACAAAUAAAAGAAUUAACGACAUCAGCAACAACAAAGAGGCUAAAGUCAUCAACAGAUUUUGAAUACACAGCACCCACAACGGGGGCAACAAACGACAAACAAACACCAAAGCAAGAGCACGAAGAUCACCGUGAAUUCAUUGAGCAUCUCUUUGCAGCGGUCACCACAAAUAGCGGCAGCGAAGCAAUUGGAACCACAACCACAGCACCCGAUGCUGGCAGCACAACAGACGAUGAGCGGGAAUGGUUGGACUAUGACGACGACGAUGGAGCGGGUAGAGGCAGAGAGAUUGAAGCUACAACAGUACAGCAGAUGGCGGUUGGAAGAAGCAAGCAAGCAAAACAAAUAGGAAAAAAUACCAAAAAACUGUUGGAAGAAUCAACAGUUGGAACCAUUGCGGUGGAGGGAAGUGGUCAUAGUAUUCCAGCGUUGUCAACAACUACAGACGCCAACAACAAAGAAGGCGACGAUGCUACUAAGUGGAAUGUCAACACAAAGCGAAACGGCAGCGGAUCGGCGACACACGAAAAACAACGGGUUGCAACGUCAAAAAGUUUUAGUAGCAGUGAUGGCGAUGCGGUGCAAUCGAUUAGUGUUGUUGUUGCUGAUAGUUGUGGUAUAGCAAAGCCACAAAGGUACACAAAUCAAAGGCAAAGUCGUGGUGGUGAAAUCACUAAUGAACCAGCAGUGGAUCAGUGCGUGGACAGUGAAAAAUUUGAAUUGGCUGAAAAAUCGAAAAAUUUCGAGAAAAGUGUAGAGAAUGAGAAAAAACUUGGCCACCACCGCAGGUUGGUUGUGCAAACAGAAUCGUGGAAAACGGCGAACGCCAUAAAACGUGUUGAGGUUCAAUAUCGAGAACAAGCGACGAAAAAGCAGGAGGAAAGUGAACACGGAAAGACGGUGGGAGCAGAAAGUGCAAUUGCAUGCAAAGAAGCCACAGACGCACUUGACGAAGGGGAGAUCUAUGAUGAGUACAACAACAUGCUCGUCUCGGGUCGCCAGAUUACACGGCAACAGCCACAACAUCAACAACAACAACAACAACAAAACUACGAUAUUGUUCUACUCAAGGAAUUGUCAACUAGUUCUGAUUCACUCUUUACAGACCCCAUAUCACCGCGUAGCAUCGGCGAGCAACAACUACGUCCAGAAACUGCAAAUGAAGUGGACAGAUUCUCACGCGCAUACAAUCGUUUGGCAGCGCGCGGUCUCAACGAUCUACCAACUCUUAUCAAAGAACGACCGAUCAGUGAGAUCAGCAUAACAUCAGCCGACACCUCGGGCAUUCUAUCGCCGACAACAGCGCGCGCAGUACACGAGCUCCAGCGAAGACAUCGCGCCGAUAAGGUGGCACAUUUGUCAGUCUCACAAACGACAUAUUUGGAAUUGGUGCCUGAUACGAGUCCGGAACUCGAAUCGGAUAGUCCGGAUGAGCAGAUGGCUUUGCAAUUGGGCAAGAAGUUGGCGCAAGUGCUGAGUAGCAGCGGGAGUAGCGGCAGCGCGGCAACAGUGACGCCACAAGAUGGUGCGCCAGCGGGUAGCGGUAGUGGCGCCAGCGCGGAUAUCUUCGGUAAUAUAGCGAAAACAAAGAAGAUUGAAUUGCACAAUCUAUCGUCGAGACUGGGAACGGCAACGAAUGCGACGGCAGUAACGGGCGCCGAGGAGAAGAUGACAGAUGCCAGCAACUUGAACAACAAACAGUUGCCGCCGCCGCCGCCGCCGCAGCCGCCUCCGACAGAAACUCAAUCAACCGUUAUAAUUUCGUUUAAAUCAUCACAAACACCUGUUCAGUCUCAACACCAAACGCCCGCACCACAUCCCGCCACACCUCCGCCAGUGGCAAGAUCGAAACGGGAUGCCACUGGUUUGGUUACGCCAACCACAACAACACCAACAAUUGCAGCAUCGGAAGUUGCUGCAUCAACGCCUACCACCACCGCUGGUGUAUACUCGGAAUCGGCCGCCACAGCCGCUGUGACGGCAACACCGUCAACACCAGCCAUCGCCGGCAUUCCUGGCACUCCGGCCACUCCUGUGACUCCGGCCACCCCUGCCACACCGACAACGACGCUUAGCAACAAUGUACUCAAAAAAGUUGCUACAUUUACGGCUGAGAAGGCAGCAGCGACAGCGGCCAACACUAUUAGCGCCAGCGCCAACGGAAGUUCGAGCGCCGCAGGCAUGGCCGGGCAUUUGGAGUACAUCAGCGGCUGUCGGCGUUUAUCUUAUGUGCCGGAGAAGUUAAGCUUCGCUGCGUAUGAAAAGUUUGAAGGUCAAAUGCUUAUGAAAUGGCUGAUUUCAUCAUUGCAACAGUCAACAGGCAACAAUCUGACCGAACAGGACUUGAAUAACCUCACAAUGCAGUAUUGUAAUAAUUUAAUAAAUGUGGGUGUGCUUAAGCAGAUUUCGGAGGAAACGGAUAUUAAAAACUUCAGUCCUUUCUACAUGUACCAGUGGACUCAUACGGAAGCGCCAACCACAUCUGUCCCGCUCACGCCUGGCAGGCUGGACACUGUAGCCGUGUGGCCGCAUUGCAGCACACCCAGCACAGUGGCGCGCAUACCGAAGGGCGUGCAAGUUGACACCACAGCUGAUCUCUUUCUUCAACAGAAUCUCCGCAAGCGCUUACUUGCCUGCAGCAACCUCACCGAAGUGCAUGCUGUGGUAAAUGAGCUGCUCGCUCCCAGCGAACUGACGCGACGGCCAUCUAAGCGCUGCAUAGAACUAACCGAUUUAUUAAAUGCAAGUGAAGCAACCAUUUACGAGUAUGAAAAGGGUAAUGCAACCUCGUCGAUGGUGAGUUCGGAAAAAACGAAUCAACGAGCAUCGACGAGUGAUGCCGGCAUGCAGACAGAAACAUUAAUGGAUACCGGCACCGUCACAUGUCCUGUGUGCGCGCCAAAAGCGAAAGAAACCAGUGAUCGAGGCAUACAAACGGAUGCUGAGGAGGUGAAAGUGAAAGCGCCACAACCACCGCCGCCGCCACCUCCACCACCACCAAUGGAUGCUUCCAAAGCAGCACAACCUCCGCCUCCUCCGCCACCACCGCCUCCAGCGCCACCCGCUCCACCACCACCUCCUGGCAUGAAUGCACCUGCACCUCCACCACCACCACCUCCCCCAGCGCCGGCGUCCUCAACAGCUGGCCCGCCACCUCCACCACCACCUGCGCCGCUGCCUCCGCUCAACACUUCAGCUGUGCCGCCACCUCCCCCGCCCGGCGCGCCAAAGCCUCCAUCCUCUUCCUCUACACCAGCGCCACUGCCAAAUCCAACUGAAGGGGCGUGGUUCCACACCACAAAUACUCUUAGAAAGACUGCCGUCAACCCGCCUAAGCCCAUGAAACCCCUCUACUGGACACGCAUAGUUACGCCAGCACCACCCCCUAGGAUUACAACUCCGCAAGCCAGUACUGACUCUAGCGGUAGCUCGCCCGACGAUGUUACCGACUCAGCAGCGCCCAAGGAAAUCUGGCAGGAGAUCGAAGAAACAAAUCUCGAUAACAUCGACGAAUUUACCGAACUCUUCUCACGGCAGGCUGUGGUACCCGUUAGCAAGCCAAAAGAGAAGAAGGUGGUACGUGUGAAGGCUAUAAAAGUGUUGGAUAGUAAGCGUUCUCAGAAUGUCGGCAUUGUGUCGCGUAGUCUACACGUCGACUUCUGUGAGAUCGAACACGCGAUCUACCAUGUGGACACAUCGGUUGUAAGCUUAGAGACAUUACAGCAGAUCAUAAACAUUAAGGCAACAAACGAGGAGUUGGAACUGAUCAAAGAGGCAGCGCAAAGCGACAUACCACUCGAUUAUCCGGAGCAAUUCCUGCUCAAAAUCUCACAGAUCUCAAUGUCUACAGAGCGUAUCUCAUGCAUUGUCUUCCAAGCCGAGUUCGAAGAGGCAGCAACGGUAAUUGCGCGAAAAUUGGAAGUUGUUGCACAGCUUUCGCAGUAUUUGAUUGAGAGCGAAGACCUUAAGCUGAUCUUUGCCAUAAUACUCACACUGGGAAAUUAUAUGAACGGCGGGAAUCGACAGCGAGGGCAAGCGGAUGGUUUCACAUUGGAGAUAUUGGGAAAGCUCAAGGACGUAAAGUCCAAAGAGUCACAGACGACGCUGUUGCAUUUCAUUGUACGAACCUAUAUCAGCAGACGACGCAAGGAAGGAGUGCAGUUGCUAGAGAUGACCCUACCCAUACCCGAACCGUCAGAUGUGGAGCGCGCAGCGCAAGUGGAUUUCGAUGAGGUCAAGCAGCAUAUAAUAGAAUUGCAUAAGAAAUUGAAAGCGAACAAAAAGACAACGGAGCGCGUGGUUCUAGCCUCAACUCCAGGCACUUUGGAACCAUUCAAAUCGAAAAUGGAGGAGUUCAUUGAGAGCGCAACAAAGACAAUCGAUAAACUCUACAAAGACUUGGAUGAGUCGCGAGAGAUGUUCAUCGAAACGAUGCGCUUCUAUCACUACACGCCCAAAUCUCGCGCCUUGGAACAAUGCACGCCCGAUCAGUUCUUUGAGUAUUGGACGAACUUCACCAAUGACUUUAAGGACAUUUGGAAGAAGGAGAUUGCCACGUUGUAUGACGACUUGUUACGCAAGUCGAAGCAAAUUCAGACACAAUCACGCAAAAAUGUUAAAACCACAAAACUGAAGCCAGGCGGCCUUAAGGAACGUAUCCUGCGUUUGAGUAAAAAGUAAAACAAAACUACAGCAGCUCAAUGUAAUGUAAUGCGAAAUAAAAUAUAGAAAUUUUAAUAUAUAUUAUGCAGUUUAUAGCAUUUGUUUGAAAUCGUACGAAAAUGCUUUCAUGCAUAACUUUGUUGCUUUAUAGCGUGUUUUCACUAGCUAAUUGAGUAUUAAAUUUUUUCCAAAUACAAACAAACUUUAGCUUACAAGAAAUGCACACACCAAUCGGAACGUACGUACAUACUUAUACAUACAUACAUACAUACAUACAUACAUACUUAGAAAGUAGCCUUAUAUUAAAUUUAGCAAAUAGACUAAUUUAAGUUUGUAUAUGAAAAAUGAUUAAUUUCCAUUUUUUUAAAUAAACAAGUACAUAACUACAAAUAUUUAUUUUGGAAAUGCUAAAUAAACCAGUUAAAUA